UUCACCUCUCAGUUCUCACAGCAGCAGACAGGCAGACAGGACGGCCGGACAGACGGGCGUUUGGUCGGUAAAAACUGUUGAGCGUGAUGACAGAACAGUGUGUGAGCAGGAAGACGACGCAGGAAGAUGCCAGGAAGUGUAACAGAGAAACCGCAAAGCACGAAAGGGAUUAUCAUUCAGAUGCAGAAAAUGUGGAGGAGCGGCAUAAAUAUGAGAGGAUGGUCAGCGAGUCUCUGCAGGCUGUCGAUCCAAAUCUGCAGGAGCUCUCAGGCAGGAGGAAACCAGCAUUAGUCAGGUCAAAGACCUUUGACCACUCACUGCUGACUCAGGUUCAGACAGAGUCGGACUCCAAGAUAGAGAGGAAGAAGUCUCACUACAGCCAGCUUUCGAAGAGCAACUGCCAGUACCAUAAAAUAUUUAAGGAAAUCAGCAAAGAGGAACAGCUCAGACAGAAAAAGGAUCUCCUCAGUGUUUUGCGGAUUCCCCUCAGCAACCUGAUGCUGUUUAUCUGUUUGUCAGGUUACACCUGUGCCCUGCAGAAAGACAUCCUCUACCAGGGGCGAAUGUUUGUCUCUGACCACUGGAUCUGCUUCCACUCCAAGGUGUUUGGCAAAGACACAAAGAUCGCCAUCCCAGUGAUGUCCGUCACUCACAUCAAGAAGACCAAAACUGCCAUCCUGGUACCAAACGCUCUGGUGAUCGCCACCGCAAACGACAGGUAUGUGUUCGUGUCCCUCCUGUCCAGAGACAACACCUACAAGUUAUUGAUGUCCGUCUGUCUUCAUCUGGAGGAGAAAAGUCCAUGCAGCAGCCCCAUCCCCUCCUCAGCUGAGAACAGCUUCAGAGGUCAGAGGUCACCUCUGUCGCCUCGCUUUCCUCUGAGUUUUCCUGGUGAUUUCAGUGAUCUGGACGGAGCAGUGAGACAGAGGAGGCAGGAGAUGGAGGAGAGCAGCAGCUCUGACUCCCAGACCCCCGACUACGAGAAGAUAUCGGAGUUCCCUGUUCCUCAGUUUCUGGAUGUGUUGAAGCACACAGACAGCGCAGCCCCUCCUGAACGUCCAGACCAUAAGCACAAAGAGAGGGUCCAACAUCAGAACCAGCAGAGCUCUGAGGACAAGCAGCACAGCACUCUUCAAACUGGCUCGGAGCUCGUGAUUGACAGCAGAACUCUAAAACCAGUUUCUCUCAACACUUUGCUGUUUGUCUACCUGUUUCUAGUGUGUGUCCUAGUCUUGUCUUCCUGUUACCUGGCCUUUAAGAUCAUGUCGUUGGAGCAGAGACUGACGAAGCUCGGCUCUGUCACCGAGUUCAACCACCAGGAAAAUGACUUUCUGCGGGCGAGUGACGUCAACACAGAGCUUUUCUCUGAGCUACUGACCAUCAACCUGAUGAAGCUGGAGAAGGUGCAGAAGAACCUGCAGAGACUGCUGGACGAAGCUGCCUGACUGUACUGGUAACCAGUACAUUAAGAUGAAAGUGCUGCACACAGUUCUGUAAAUGUAAUGUAAAUAUGUAGUUUAUUAUAGUAGAUAGUAUAACCUGACAAUACUGAGAUGUAUUGUACGCUGACACACCUGGCGUACAUCUCUACAUCCCUGCAGCCAAAGAAAUGUUAACCUGUGAUAAACGUUUCAUUGGCUGAAUAGAAAUCAAACCUUCUGGUAGAACUGUACAGUAAUAUUGCAUCUGCUUGAUGGAAAAUGUAGUAAAACAGUAGCAUUUUAAAGGCUCUGACAUUUCAAGUGAUCAGGAUUUGGAAGGCAGUAACAGUGCUUAAUAUAUAUAUAUAUAUAUAUAUAACCUAUUUUUUCAGCAACUGGUCUUGUAUUUCCUUUUUAAGUAAUGAAAGUUCUUUGACGUCAGCUGUUUUUUGGUCCCGCUGAAUUCACUCAGGCCAUAUGUUAACAGUCACAUACAUCUGAAGGGAUCAAGGUUGAGUUCUCAGUGCUGGGUUUAUCUUCUGACUUUUGACCAAGUUGGCUGAUCACACUGAUGUUCUCGGCCGACUGAGAUUGCAAACACAGAAAUGUGUUUACAUGAUGACAUCUAGGACUGAAAACCAGCUCUGGACUUCAGCCCUCACCAGGCCAGCUGGAACUACUUUUGUAGAUACUUCACAACUUGCCAGGGUUUUCCUCAUGUUUAAAUCACGCUGCCUUAGAGCUGUACUUACUGUCAUUUCUGUUGGAAAAUAGAAAUGAAAACAACAUAAAAACAACAGCGAAAUGCAGGAGGUAGUUAGCUGCUGCCUCUGCUUUUAUACCCAGAAGCCCUUUCCCACUUCUCAAAGUUAACAACACAUAACCUCAUAACCUGUAUUGUAUCGAUUUGUAAGGUAAAAAGUUCCUCCUUGUAUUUUAUCAAACAUUUCAGAAAUAGGCCAUUAAAAAGGCAUUGUGGGACUUUGAAGCUGUAGUUGGCCCUGAUAUUGACUUUCUUUCACAUUUAUGUGAAGAUGAAAUACAAGUUUAUUUCUUAAGAGAUUGCAUGCCUCUGGAGCAACUAGGGGUUAAGCGUCUUGCUCAGGGACACAAUGGUGGAUGUGUCACAGUGGGGGAUUGAACCCCGGUCUCUCACACCAAAGGCAUGUGUGUUUUAUCCACUGCACCCUCACUGCCCCUUCAAUGACUCAAUGAAUUUACUCCGGCAUUAGUGCUUCCAGCAUAUUGUUGCUGUUCCCCACUGACAGUAAAUGAUAUGAGAGCAGUUAGUAUGUAUAUGAUUGUUAUGUGUUUAUAGCAUCUUUCAGGUUAUCGUGAUGGCAGAUGUUUUCAAAAAUUGGACAAUCCUAGCAGCGUAUAGUCACCUGCCACAGUGUCAUUCUUGAUAUGACCACUGGAUGGCUCUUUAAAGAAUUCUAGAAAUCUUCCACACCAUGUGUAACAUGUGUAAACAUCAAGAAGCUUCCUACUUACAGCAGACUGUUACAAAGACAAGAAUGACUACAAUUCUGUAAAAAUUAUACACAGAUUUAAUGAUGUGAUUCAACGUUCCUCUGUUGGCGAAUAAUGUUUUAUUUUGAAAUAAAAUUUCAUUUUUGCUGUUA